GUUGGUGACGUAAAUUGUGAGACCCCUCCACAAGACAUAUAUAUAGUUGGUGACGUACUUAGCCGGUUCCUCUUUUACGCGUGGCACGGUCGUCGUUGUUAAAUAAAGGUGCACAGAUUGGUUGCAGCAACAUCUUCCAUCAUGGGCAAAGAAAAAAUGCACAUCAACAUUGUGGUGAUUGGCCACGUAGACUCUGGAAAGUCUACCUCUACUGGCCAUCUCAUCUACAAAUGUGGUGGUAUUGACAAGCGUACCAUUGAGAAGUUUGAGAAAGAGGCCCAGGAGAUGGGUAAGGGCUCUUUCAAGUAUGCCUGGGUGCUGGACAAACUGAAGGCUGAGCGUGAACGUGGUAUCACAAUCGAUAUUGCUCUCUGGAAGUUUGAGACACCAAAGUACUACGUCACCAUUAUUGAUGCGCCAGGUCAUCGUGAUUUCAUCAAGAACAUGAUCACAGGAACCUCCCAGGCUGAUUGUGCUGUGCUCAUUGUUGCUGCUGGUACUGGAGAAUUUGAAGCCGGAAUCUCCAAGAAUGGCCAGACUCGUGAACAUGCCCUCCUUGCCUACACCCUUGGUGUCAAACAGCUUAUCGUUGGUGUAAACAAGAUGGACUCUACUGAGCCACCCUACAGUGAUGCUCGUUUCAAGGAAAUCGUGGGUGAGGUCAGCAGCUACAUCAAAAAGAUUGGUUACAAUCCCAAGAAUGUUCCUUUCGUCCCCAUUUCUGGUUGGCAUGGUGACAACAUGUUGGAGGCUUCCCCCAACAUGGCCUGGUUCAAGGGAUGGGAAGUUGAGCGCAAGGAGGGCAAUGCCAAGGGCAUGACCCUUCUGGAAUCUCUUGAUGCAAUUCUACCACCAUCACGUCCUACAGACAAGGCCUUGCGUCUUCCCCUCCAGGAUGUCUACAAAAUUGGCGGCAUUGGAACAGUGCCUGUUGGCAGAGUUGAAACUGGUAUCAUGAAGCCUGGCAUGGUCGUCACAUUUGCCCCAGCUAACAUCACAACAGAAGUCAAGUCUGUAGAGAUGCACCACGAGUCCCUUGAAGAGGCACUUCCCGGAGACAACGUUGGUUUCAACAUCAAGAACGUCUCUGUUAAGGAAGUCCGCAGAGGUAACGUCUGCGGUGACUCCAAGAAUGAUCCCCCGAAGGAGGCAAAGAACUUCACUGCCCAGGUUAUCAUUCUCAACCACCCUGGACAGAUCCAGAAGGGAUACGCUCCAGUGCUUGAUUGCCAUACUGCCCACAUUGCUUGCAAGUUCAGCGAGAUCCAGGAGAAAGUUGACCGUCGAUCAGGCAAGAAGGUGGAAGACAACCCUAAAUUUAUCAAGUCUGGUGAUGCUGCUAUAGUUAUUAUGGAGCCCAGCAAGCCUAUGUGUGUUGAGGCCUUCUCUUCAUACCCACCACUUGGUCGCUUUGCUGUCCGUGACAUGAGGCAGACUGUUGCUGUUGGUGUCAUCAAGGCUGUUGAGAAGUCUGAUGCCUCGUCUAAGGUUACUAAGGCUGCUGCAAAGGCUACAUCCAAGAAGAAGUGAUUAUGCCGGGUCUGUAGCGCAUCAGAUAACUGUAAGGGAACUGCCCCAUUUACUGGAAAUUGUCAGAAGUUUGGUCAUAGGCUUAUUUUACUCUUAUUAUCAGUGUGGUUAUUAACUCACAAGUGGAAUUGGAAAGAGUUCCGAAGGAAAGAAUGGUGUACUUUUAUUUGUGCCAGCAUUGCUGAGGUUUUGUAAAUGGAAGAAAUAAAACUCGUGGAACCAUAUAUGACAAGAUUGUUGAUUUCUGUGUGCAUGUAGAGUGCAUGCUUGUCGUUGCUAGUUGCGUCUAUAUAUGAAUGCCAUUACAUGUAAACAAGAGUCGUCAGUGUCGAUUGCAAGUGAGCCUGAGGCAGUAAAUUGUGUAAAGUGUACUAAUAAAUUAAAACUUGUAUUUAAUUGCACUAGUAAUUAAAAUGUUUGCCUAUCUACGUACCGACAA